UGAUAACACUCAGGAGGUAAACACAUUUUCUUAUAUCUUAUCUGUGGAUUACACUAGAUAAACACACACUGAUCUAAGGAUCUUGGUAAUCAGUCUUGUGCCCAAUUUUUAUCAAAGUGGUAGUUCAAUUUGAUAGUUGUGAAAAUUAUUAAAUUAAAAAGUGUUGGAGACUUUGAAUCAUACUCAGAGUAAUUAUCAUUAAACCAGUGAAUAAAUAACAAACAAACAAAUGCAACAAUGAAAACACUGCAGUAACAUCAGUACUACUCACCCAAAAGUCUGUGGCAUCCUUGUCUCUGUGCAUGAGGUCUUCAAAAGGGAUUGUGCAAUUGGCCACAAAAUCAUCUGGAGAUGACGCAUGACGCCAAGACACAAACAAACAGAAGUUAUUUUAAAGUAAAAUAAAUAAAUAUUUUGAAGAAGCCAGUAAUUAGAAACAAUGGGUUUCCUCACGAUAUUGAAGAAAUUACGACAGAAAGAGAAAGAAAUGAGAAUUCUCAUGUUAGGUUUAGAUAAUGCUGGCAAAACUACAAUAUUGAAGCGGUUCAACGGCGAGCCCAUCGACACUAUAUCUCCAACGCUAGGCUUCAACAUAAAGACACUUGAACACCGUGGUUACAAACUUAACAUUUGGGAUGUUGGAGGACAAAAAUCAUUGAGGUCAUAUUGGAAGAACUACUUUGAAAGCACAGAUGGUGUGGCAUGGGUGGUGGACAGUGCCGAUGCGCGACGUCUCUGGGAUUGUGCGCGAGAAUUGCACUCCCUUCUACGUGAAGAGAGGCUGGCUGGAGCCACACUGCUUGUACUGGCUAACAAGUCUGAUCUCCCUGGUGCACUUACCUUACAAGAAAUCAGAGAGGCUUUGGACUUAGACAGCAUUAAAACCCAUCACUGGCGUAUUGUGCGCUGUUCUGCCGUGACUGGAGAAAACCUGCUGGAAGGCAUGGACUGGAUGCUUGACGACAUUGCUUCUAGGAUCUUCACACUUGAUUAGCAGGUCUUAACAUAGUUCUGUAUGUAGCGGAGCCAGGAAGGUAAUGAGGUUGCUUUAGUUUUUACCUUUACAUCAUGUAAUAUUAUCUACUAUACUAUAAAAAUAAGGAGGACCACCUCCUUUAAUAUUGAAUGGUCCCAAACAGGCCAAUGGAAACAAUAUUAUAUUAUACCUUCAAAUCUCUGACUGAUGUUAUAGUGUUAGCUACAGCUUGAAACUCAUAUUAUUGAAUAUUGUUUAAUCUCUAUUUAGAGUAAUGUUUGCUAAGUUUUUCUCAUUCCAAAUAACAGCACAUGCUUCCUCAUAUAAUGCAAAUAAAACUGUGAUGUUUUUGUAAAUUAUUAAGUUUAUAUAAUAAUAAUUAACUUUUUUAACAAACCUUUGUUUUAUUUCAUCCCUAUUAUGUUUUAGACACUAUUAGACAUUGGAGUUAUUCAUUUGCAUAUAGCUCUUUAAUUAUAACUUUGCCACAUUUAUUUAUAAAUAAUAAAUUACUAUUUCAGUUAAUUAUUGCACAUACAUACAAGGCAUUGCGCUCACUUUCUGAAUUUAUUUGUCAUUCUAAAAAAAUAUACACUAUGUAGAAACCAAUUUUAUAAGAGCUUGCUUGCUUGAUUUGUACAUGUUCUGAAAAAUACACAUCUCUAUCUCUAUCCAAAAGAAAAUGGGAACUAUGUAUAUAAAUAUUUGUAAAUUUUUGUUAUUAGAAACAUGUAUUUAGUGCAUAAAAUUAUUAUAUCAGCCAUUCUGAUAAAUAGCAAUACAUAUAAUCCAAUGUCUAACUAUUCUAUUGGAACUGUAAAAUAUUGUUAUCUCUUUACACAGCAUUAUGUAUUCAAAAAUACAUAGGUAAAUAUGAUAAAAGUCCUAGGUUUCACUUUGACAUCAAGUAAUCUAUCAAUUCUAUUACGCAUGGUGUGACAAUGUUGCGAACAAAAUCAAGGCAUCAUGAAUACCUAUUGCAACUCCU